AUUCCUGUAUCUCUUUCUAUGAAACACUACGUCAUAGUAAUUGUUAUUUAACUCGAAUCUAUCAAAUGGCAAUUUAAAAUUAGCGAGUACUUGACUCGUGUGGUAAAAUUCCUUCUACAUAUCGUACAUACCUAGCCUGCAUUAUUUAUAUUUGCCGGUGGCUCUGGGCAGGCAUGGUUUGUAAAGCACCUCUUAUGCUUUGACAAUAAUUUCUACAGUUUUCAUUAUCUUAAGCUCGUGACACCUACGUCGAGAUUAAACUUGGUAAACAUUUUUUGGCAUGGGUGAUAAUCUACGUCGCGAGGUAACGUUUCUAUACAUUUUUACGUGUUGAACAUUUUCAAAAGGCUGCAUCGAACGCGGAUGAAAACGUUCCAAGACGACGAUUUCGCGUUGCAAGUUAUAAGGAAUAAGAUAAACGAGGAGUACAAGAAGUGCAAGACCGUCUCAAAUCCUGCAGCCAUUCAAGAGUUGAACAAGUUCGCGGAGGAAGUGGAGCACGAGUUAAGGACAACAGUGAUUCAGGCAGUGGAAAAGGAAUCUGGAACAUUUGAAUUACGGAUCCAACCGGAUACCUUGGUGGACAAUGCCGUGUUCGAAGAAAAGCCAAAGGAUUGCAAAGGAGGAUUGAGGUCGGACAAAGACGAUACGAAUCCAAAGAACGUAGCCGGGAAAUAAAAUAAAACCAUAGUAAAUCGUU